ACGCCAUCGCCAUUGGCUGCGCAGCUCAGCUCCAGCCUUGAAAAGGUCCAAGCUGUGACCGCCGCUGAAGCCGAACAAACAACUGGCAGUCCCGUCCCUCCUCUGUCGUUACCGCAACAGAUCCCCCAGACCAACACGAAGCCCGUCCCGCCCGUCGUUCGAUCGCCCUGGACGCAAUCCAGCCGGCGGAGGCCGAGUGGGCAAACCAAGCAGACAACCCGAACAACAUCGUCCUGGUCCACAUACCGUAUCCCGUUGCGCUCCUCCGCCGCUCGCUCUCACACGUACGCCCUGUCUUCUAUCUUUCUCACCCCCAUCACCUUGCACCGGCAACCGACCCCGUGGCUCCCCGCUCCAUUGCACGCACGAACAGAAGCACCCACGCUGCGGCUGCGCCUUGGUGUUGUGUCCGUCUGAAGAUCUUCUCCCCCAAUUGCACCCUGCCAGACAGCCUUACCAAGUAGUACGGGUCUUUGCUCCACUUGUUUUGGCCAUUGCCUUUGUGUCCCGAGCAGAAUCCCUCUCGCCUCGUCGACCGGACUGCUUCUCUUCUUGUCAACACCACUUUCAUCCCAACGCUAUCGGGUAACAGACACGCCUGCUGGGUUUUUGGGUAGCCAGCCAUGUCAUCGUCCCCGUAAGCUAGGAUGUGUAUUCGGGGCCACGUCUCGACCCACUGCCCAUUGACCUGAGUUGCUGCCUCGACUAUGGCUGCCGCAGCCGUGGACACCUUCACAAUGGCGUUGGAGUUCCACGAAAGCAAGGAGGGCAGUCUCUUCGAUGCCGUCUUUGGAGAAACCGCCGUUUUCGACAACCCCGAUGUCCCCACCACAACCACCUCUUCGCGUGAAGGCUUGCCGCGGGCAGCGAGCUACAACGACUUCUCGACCGCCGUGCUGCACGAAGCCCAGUCCGACUCUGCCAGCAAUGACGACGUGAGGGAUUCAUCCUCCAUCGACGACACCAAGGCCGACGGUGUUACCUCAGCCUCUUCCGGUGAAACAACUCCAGAGUCGGAGGCUGCUCCUUCUUCCAAUACAAAUGCCUCCCACAAGAACGGCAAGUCCCCAGCAAUGGAGCGGCGGAUGGAACUGCCGAAGCUCGACACCGCCGACAACGUCAUAAACCGCAGCCCCGCCGGCGAGUAUGCCAUGACGGCGCCCAUCCUACGAACGCCGGCCUCCGCAGAGAGUGACGAGGUUCACGAGCUCCCCUCGCAGUCCUCGAACCAUUUGACGGCUCGAUUCAGGCGAAGGUCGUGGAUGCCUGGCUCUCGCUCGCCGUCUCCCGGCAGCAAAAAGAGCACAGCGGAGGGCCUGGUGGACACGCUUGGCAAGGCUUCGAGCGUCGUCAGACGAUCGUCCCCAUUUCGACGCAGCACUGAUUCUGACAACGGGGAUGGACGUUCAAGAAGCAGGAGCUCGUCGCUGUCGAGAUCGAUAACGAGCAAGCUGUCGAAGCGCCCCAACAGCGCUGUAUUCGAGUCUCCAACGAAGGGUUCAUCCUCCCCUGUAAACAAGCCCUCUCAGCCCUCGCAGCUAUCCAAAUCCUUCUCUACGGACAAGCUCUCGCUCAGCAGCUUCACCAAGAAGUCUAGCGGCUCCACGCCCCCGGUACCGAGGCUGACGAGCAAGGAUAAGCAGCGAUUAGCGAACUCUGAAGUGACAAAGAAGCGUGACGAGCUGUGGACCGUAUUUCGCAAUUUGGAGGGUGACUUUCAAAAAUUUCAAAGCAAGCCAACGACAUUGAAAGCCAACGUAGUUCGGGCUUCGCUGAUCCCUUUCCUCCGCGAGUACCAACACCAUCAAUCUACGUACAAUCUGCGCUUCGAAGAUCUCGAGCGACGGGCAAACAUACUACACAAGUGGUGGAGUGGGCUGCUUGAGCUCAUAUUGAACAAGAACAACCAGUCCGUGUCUGGCACAGAUAGACCAGUUGUGUUCGAUGGAAUCCUCGGCAUCAUGGAGCGACCGGAGUGGCGGCUGGCGCCUUCUCCCUACGCUCCUCUGUGGGACAGGCAGCAAGCCGCGAAGGGCCACCAGAAGUCUACUUCGGUCACUUCGACUUCGUCCGAAUCGUCGGACGUCAUGCUAGGCGACUCGGUUGUUCACAACGUACGGAACUUGUUUCAGCAAAAUCUUAUCGAUCAGAUGGGCUACGUGGUCGAAAAGAUGGCAAUGCGGAAUGCUCCGGCGAGCUCCGUGUCCUUUUGCGGUCGAACCUGUGCUUAUGCGUUCUUUUUCUGCCCUGGUAUCGCGGACGUCCUCGUUAGGCUGUGGAACCCCACGAUGGAUAGCUUGAACCGUGUUCUGCAGGAAUGUGGGCACAAGCGGUCCAUUAGUUUGAAGGACACAGCGGAACGUAUUGGACAAGGAUUCCCAUCGCAUCUGAAGUCGCUGAGGUUCCAUAACAUCUCUGCCAUAUACAAGGCUCUCCGAAAGCCAGCGCCAUUGCCGCUACGGACGCACACACUACCGUGGAGCAGCCACCCGUGGGUUAGCAGGUGGUGUGGAAAGGACAGCGACCUCUUUUACGUGUUCGCCAAGCACUACCACAUGCUUGUGGUCGACUUCUUGCCUGCUGAUACAACACGCACCGAGCGACUCUGUGCACCAGGUCUGAUCUUUGUGCAUGCUCAAAUACUGAUGAACAUGGAUGCGACGAUCCACCGAAACGUGAUGCCAAAUCCGAUGGACCCUGGAAACAGCAAUGGCAGCACGGCGAAUAGCACGUUCGACGACAUUCUCGGCGAUCCUGAUUCUGCGGCUCCGCCCUUCCCUCUGCCUCCCGCCGCCAACGCCGUGCGACAGAUGAGCGAGAACCGACUCAUCAUGCUCGUCCGAGAUCUGCUCUCGGAACGAAACACGAAUCCAGAGGAGGUUCGGAUCAUAUUCGGGAUGGCGUUUGCUGACCUGCUCAAGGCUGCGGCUCGCAGGACGUCGAUAUACGACCCUUCCGCGUGCUACGUGCUCUGCGACUUGUUGGAAGAGGCGUUCCUGAUCUUAGUGCGGUACGAACAACUCAACCCGGUCAUCGGAUCCGUGCUUGAUUGGUCAUUCUGGAUGGAUGUGUGGAGGCGAAUUGUGGAGAGUCACAACACCACGACCGAGAUACGUCUGUACGCGUUGCUCUAUAGCUUGUGGCCUGCUUUUGUCAUCGAGCCUCAACGGCGAGCUGAGCUGUGCGCUUCUUUCCUGCUAGAGCCAAAAUUCUUCGCGAGCCGAUUCAACCACUGGUGUCCCAUGGUGCGGGCGUACUAUCAACGCCUUCUCUGCUGGCGUGUCGCCCGUUUCGACGGCGAAGAGCAGCCCGGCGACGUAGAGAUUCUCAGCCGGCUAUCUGAAAACCUUCAGACACAAUACGGAUACUAUCUAUACAUGCGGGAUGCGGCGCAAGGUUCGCCAACUUUGCUCCCGUCUACAGCGCCUUGUAAUCCUGCUCCAGGGCGGCGUCUGCUCAUUGUACGCACGGACCAUCUUGCGGAGAAGUCCCGUGGAGCUUUCAUGUCGUUUGACGGUGUUCUGACUCCCCAUCCGGCCAGUAAGAGGCAGUCCAUGUUAGCAGAUCUGUCAGAUUCCGAACCGCGUCCGGUCUCCAACGACUCCACGGACAGCGAACCUGAGCUCGAGGAGCGAGGGCCUCGGAAAUGGGGUCUGCUUCGCACCAUCAUUGGAACCUCUAAGCAAGAAACUGCGAAGGCCGGUCAAGCAUCGCAGGAUACGAAAGAGAAGAACUCGGCACCCCAGCCCCAGCUUGUGAAAAGACCAUCGGACGGUUCUGAUGAGUCCCAGGAGGAUCGGUCCAGCUUCAGACCGUUCACCUUCAAGUUCUCGCUCGAGUGGGCCGAUCGCCUGGACAGGCGUUUGCAGGCACCAGGGCCAAUUCGCAUCUCGCCGCCAAAGCUGCCGAUGCCCGCGCAGACUCUUCUGAACGAGUCGAGACCUGCGACGCACUCAUCGCUGACACCCCCGCGCAGCAUUGACAGUGUCUACACAGACGCGAAGUCAACAAAUUCGGAUAGUAACAAGAGCGUGGACGUGCGACCGCUCGAGCCCAAGGGCGAGGCUGUCAUGCAGGCAAAGUACUCCGGACGCGCGCUUGCGGAGUGGAUGCUCGUCGUCCUAGAGUGUGGCAGCUUCUUCGAUCGUAGAAAGGCAGAGGGUGUGCCGGGCAAUCGGUGGGUCGAGACGCCAAGUCUCGGUGUUGAGUCUUUCAAGAAGCCUGGCUAAGCUGCUUGAGCAACAUUCGCCCAUUUGUGUGGAAGAAGGUCUCAGUGACAACUCCACACGACGUUGACAACCAUCCCACGUUGGACCUGCUGGUCCUGCUUUCGCAUCUGGAUUGAGCGAGACACAUGCAUUCAUUUGCGCAUUUUGGGGUCCCGGCAAUCAUUCUUACGGCAGGCUGAAGAACAAGUAGUCAUUUUUUUUGUUGUGUGGUUUUGGCAGGGGUUUUUUUUUAUUAUUAUUAUUAUUAGUAUUUCCUUUUUCUAUAUACUUGAUUCUCCCCAUCAUCUUUUUCUUUUGGGACGGGGUAUCAUAGUUCACUUCUGAUAGUAUGAACUAUACACAAUACAUUGUACAUAGUUUGUGACAGUACGGCAUAGAAAUUUGGGAACUAUCUACAAGGAUUUGGCGGGCCGGAUGGGUGGGUUUGAGGUUCGGAGUAUAUUGUUACCUUUCGCGGUACGCCAUAGUUAGAUUGGUGAACUUGGAGUGGCGAGCUGCCACCGUAGACAUCCAACCAAUGCAAGAACUUUUGAAACCC